AUGAAGUUCCUUGCAUUCGGCGCAGCCGCCUUCCUUGGCGCGGCACUUCAAUCCUACGCCGCCACGCCUACCCGCGUGGCGCAGUGCGGAAAAGAAAGCGUGUUUGAUACAAAAUUUAAGCCGUUUGUGCUCGGUGAGGUGAUUAACCUCGCGGAGGACGUCGCCGUCUUCCGCUUCCUCCUACCAAAGCCAGAAAUGGAGUUUGACCUGCAACCAUGCAGUACGCUGCAGGGUUGCUUUAAACAGGGCGCCAACAUUGUAGACAGGCCUAUGCGUUUCUACACCCCCAUUACCCAUAAUGGGGCCAAGGGCUACUUUGACUUAUUGGUCAAGAAACAGGUGAAUGGCCGCUUUACAGAACAUCUCUUCUCAAUGGAUGUCGGCGACAGCCUCCUCUUCCGUAUUGUGCAGUACAAGCUAAAGUACAGGAAGAAUGCGUGGGAGAAGGUUGGCAUGAUUGGUGGGGGUACUGGCCUAUGCCCGCUGCUACAGUUUUUGAAUGCCUCACUGGACACCCCCGGCGACACAACGCAACUCUCCUUGCUCUUCGCCAAUAGAUCUGAGAACAAAAUUCUGCUCAAGGGCCUGAUUGACAAGUUGGCUCGGGAAAACUCCCAUCGCUUCAAGGUGCACUACGUCGUAGAUGCACUGCACGACCCGGAAUCCCCUUACACGGGCUUCGUUGGACACAUCACGGAGGAACUGGUGCGGGAGACGAUGCCGGAGCCCUCGCUGAAAAAUCUACUGCUCGUGUGCGGCCCCGAUGGGAUGAUGGCUCACAUUGCUGGUUCGCCGCAGGCAGUGCUAAAGGCUAUGAGCGGUGGUCUGGCGUACCAGCCGGCAGCGACAGUGCUGAACAACGUGGCGGAUGUGGAGGGCAUCCUCGGCAGGCUGGGCUACACAAAAGACAUGGUGUACCGCUUCUAG